UGUAACUGAGAUAGCGCGACAACAGCAACAACAACAGCAACAACAACAGCUACAGCGAUAGCGACAACAGCUGAUUAUGUCGCCAACGGCGCUGGCAUCGUGCGCCGCGUCGUGUUCAACGUCUGCCAACACCCCCGCCUCCGUUACAGUGACAGCGACGAGCACAGCAACAGCUGCUGCUGCUGCGGUUCACUUGCGAAAAUCACACUCAACGCCGGCUCUCAAAUUUGAUGGCAGCAACAGCAAUAUUGUUGACAACAGCAACAGCAACAGCAACGGCAACAGCAGCAAAUACUGUAAUAGAAAUCACGUCGAAUCCGCCAUGGAGGCUAGCAACAUUGUCAUCAAGGAUGUUGCUGUUGUCGCCCACAUCAAGCGACAGCAACAGCACCAACAGCAACAUCAACAGCAACAGCAACACGAGCAAUUUCCACACGACAGCAACAAGUGCAACAAUAUUGAUGCAACACAGCCAACGACGCCGGAAUCAUUGCGUUUUGGUUGCACGCACUACAAGCGACGCGCCAUGUUUGUGACACCGUGCUGCAAUAAGUUUUACAAGUGCCGCUUCUGCCAUGAUGAGAACGAAACGCAUCAUUUCGAUCGUAAGACACUCACCGAACUCAUCUGCUCCGAGUGCAACACGCGGCAAAAGGUGCAAGAGCAAUGCGAAAAGUGCGGCGUACGCUUCGGCAAGUACACGUGCCUCAUUUGCAAUCUGUUCGAUGAUGCGGACAAGCAGCAAUAUCAUUGUCAUGGCUGUGGCAUCUGCCGCAUCGGUGGUGCCCACAACUUCUUUCACUGCGAGGUAUGCAACAUGUGUCUGCCGAUGCAGCUGAAGAUCGAUGGACACAGGUGCGUGGAAAACAUCUCGCGUUCGCAUUGCCCCGUCUGCCUGGGCGAUAUACACACGUCGCGCAUUCCAUGCCACAUUCCGGACUGCGGGCAUCUGUUGCACAAAAUGUGCUUCGAUCAGCUGCUGGCCUCGGGUCACUACACAUGCCCCACCUGCCAAACAUCGCUGAUCGACAUGACGGCGCUGUGGGAGUACUUGGAUGCCCAGGCACUGCGCAUGCCCGUGCCACUCAAGUAUGAGAAUCAGCGUGUGCACAUCUUUUGCAACGAUUGUCACAAGACUUCAAAAACCAAAUUUCAUUUUAUCGGACUCAAGUGCGUGCAUUGUGGCGCCUAUAACACUACGCAGGAUGUGAAGCGUCGCCUUUCCCUGGUUACCGACGAACCGUCAACGGCCUGACGCUCGCUUACGCCCGCGCCUCUGUGGUAUUUGGCAGACACAAGCAUAACCUACCGCAACAGGAAAUCUCUCUUGCCAUGCUCCACAUUUGAAGAAACUAAAUUUAUGAAACUGAAAUCGAAACGCAUUGAAUUUAGACCAAAUUCGAGCUGGUAUCGAAUAUAAAUUAAAAACAAUUACAAAAUCCUUAAUCUAAAUAUAGAGCUAAUGGAGACCAUCAAUUGGCUUAAGUAUUCUUUUCUUUAGAUAAUUACAUACAACAAGUCGACAUAAAAUUAUUCGCAUUCAGUAGAACAAAUCGAAGCACUAACAAUAAUCUUUCCACUCGAAUUUUAUUAUAAUUGCUUGUAUUAUUCAUAUCUAUAUACAUCUCGAAUUUUUCCUUUUUUUCAAAGUGCAUUGCUCAAUCAAUCUCAAUACCAGCAUUUUUUUUGUAUAAAUCUUUAGAAAUCUUUGUUAAAUAUUUUAAUGAUGUUUAAGUUUGAAAAUAAACAAAAUAAACU